UUUGUUCUUCUUUCAGCAGCUGAGAAAGCCGAAUGCCGGAGGCCCGUUUCUGCAACGCCCGUGUCGUGAACCUCUCUCUCCGCCAAACUUGAUCCCUCCCGACUUCCACAUUGCCCCGAAACACGCCCACGGCGAGGACCACGAAUCGGCUUGUCACAAAACAAAAAGGAACCCCUGAUCGAGCUUAGGAAAAAGAAAGUCCAGCGAUCAUGAACCGCAUCGGCGUGCGCCGCUUCGCGACGACGGCCGCCCGCGCCAUCGACCCGCCCAGCGCAUACUCCCUCACCCUCUCCCGCGCGCAGGGCGUCGUCAAGGGCCUCACCGGCGCCAUCGGCAACACCCCCCUCAUCCGCCUCAACCGCCUCUCGGCCGAGACGGGCUGCGAGGUCCUCGGCAAGGCCGAGUUCAUGAACCCGGGCGGCUCGGUUAAAGACCGCGCGGCGCUCUACGUCGUCAAGGACGCCGAGGAGCGCGGGCUCCUCAAGCCUGGCGGCACCGUCGUCGAGGGCACCGCCGGCAACACGGGCAUCGGCCUCGCGCACGUGUGCCGCUCCAAGGGAUACAAGCUCGUCAUCUACAUGCCCAACACGCAGUCCCAGGGCAAGAUCGACCUGCUGCGGCUGCUGGGCGCCGAGGUCUACCCCGUGCCCGCCGUCGCGUUCGAGAACCCCGAGAACUACAACCACCAGGCGCGGCGCCACGCCGAGAGGCUCGACAACGCCGUCUGGACGAACCAGUUCGACAACACGGCCAACCGCCGCGCCCACAUCGAGACCACGGGACCCGAGAUCUGGGAGCAGACGCGCGGCGGCAUCGACGCCUUCACCUGCGCCACGGGCACCGCGGGCACGCUCGCCGGCAUCACGCGGUACCUCAAGGACGUCAGCGGCGGCCGCGUCAAGUCGUUCCUCGCCGACCCGCCCGGCAGCGUGCUGCACUCGUACGUCUCGUCCGGCGGCAAGCUCGUCGAGCGCACGGGGUCCAGCAUCACCGAGGGCAUCGGCCAGGGCCGCAUCACGGACAACCUCAAGCCCGACAUCGGCCUCGUCGACGGCUCGCUGACCAUCGCCGACGAGAAGAGCAUCGAGAUGGUCUACCGCUGCCUCGACGAGGAAGGCCUGUACCUUGGCGCCAGCUCGGCCCUCAACGUCGUCGCCGCCAAGGAGGUCGCCGAGAAGCUCGGCAAGGGCAACACCGUCGUCACCAUCCUGUGCGACGGCGCCUACCGCUACGCCGACAGGCUGUUCUCCCGCAAGUGGCUCGCUGAGAAGAAGCUCCUGGGCGCGAUACCCAAGCAUUUGGAAAAGUACAUCGUCCUGCCGUAGUGUGCGGGAUCGGUCGUCGU